AUGGUACACGGAAGCACUAUCCCACAGAAGGAGAGCCGUCUUGCGGGCAAACUGGAGGCAAUUUUUGCCGAUAAAAGCGCGAAACGAGCCCAUUUGAAGAAAACUGACCCCUGGAGCGGAUUCUACCGCAGCUCCGAUUUUGGUCAUCUCCGGGACCAAGAUCGCGCCGAAACGCGAGAAUUUCAACGGAGAAGUGUUGCCUUCCCAUCUGGAAUAAGUUACAUCUACAAAGUUAACAUAAGAUGGCCUUCUUCCGACGCCGCUUGCCUCCAACGCCUUGAGCUUCAAACUCCUUACCAGAAGCUGAAGCUAAUCAGAGAUUUCACGAGCAGCGCUAGAGUUUCCAGCGACGGUUUGAACAAGCUCGUUUACUUUGAUAGCCCCUGUGAACCGCUGCCCGUAACGAGGCAGGAUUACAAUCAGACUUGCUUGGAGAAGUAUGAAUGGGCCUUUGAUAACUGA